CCAUCGAUGUCAGAAGCCCUACCACCACAGCUAGGACGGCGGUUGGUAGUCAUAGAUAAGCAACUAAAGAAACUAGAUACCUGUGAAUGUUUUCUAAAUCGCGAAACGCGUCACGUGUUUCCUCGAGUGCGUGACAUCGCCGCUUUCUUCCUUCGACACCGCAGCCGCCGCUCCUUUGCCACCUUUCCAUUCCACCUUCGCCCUCCACAAUCCCUGCACGUUCGACAACCAUGAAUCCCGGAGGAUACAGCGGCGGAUUUGGCCCGCCGCCCGGCCUACCCGAUAUUCCCGGCGGCGUGGCUCCGUGGGCUUUUUCGGGACCUCCGACGCAGCCUGGAAGCGCGCCGAGCCAACGGGUUCCUGGAAACCUCGUUCCGCUACCGAAAGUCCUUUCCGUGCCAGUAUUGGAUCCGCCGUAUCGGUUUUGUAUUCCCCAGAAACGAAUCGCUUCUACCGGGGAUACUCAGGCGUUUCUAGAGGGCGAAUCCGGGAGGUGGUUUUUAGGUUUCAUCGUAGGGCUUAGCGAGUCCAUCCAAGGGAAGAAGGUCUCAGAUCCGUGCCACGUGUCGCCGACGUGUCAGAAGAUUGUCGACUUUCUCGAGACUCUGAUUUCGUGGGUUGACGAAAUUCCGCCAAGCGAAACCCUGCUUCGGUACGGUAACCCUGCUUACCGAACCUGGCAGGACCGGUUACAGGAACGGGGCCCGAGCCUCGUGGCAGACUCAAUCUUCCCGGAGAAUCUGAAAGCAGCUGUGGGGGAGACGUUUCCGUACCUAGCGGACAGCUUCGGCAACUGGACUAGGAUCGAUUUCGGUACGGGUCACGAGACUAACUUCGCGGCUUGGCUGAUGUGCCUAGUGCGGCUCGGCCUCCUAGUCCCUGACGACUAUCAGGCUUUAGUUUCCCACGUAUUCGUUAAGUACCUCGAAUUAAUGCGGAAGCUGCAGCUGACUUACUGGUUAGAACCGGCUGGGUCGCAUGGGGUAUGGGGUCUCGACGACUACCAUUUCCUGCCGUUUAUUUUCGGCUCGUCGCAACUAAUCGGCCAUAAAUACCUCCGUCCCAAGUCGAUCCUAAAUCCGGAUAUUCUGGAGAAUUUUGCGGAGGAGUAUCUGUAUUUCUCCAGCGUGGUGUUCGUUAAGAAGGUAAAGAAGGGGCCUUUAGCGGAGCACUCUCCCAUGAUAAACGAUAUAAGCGGUGUGCCGAAUUGGAACAAAGUGAACAGUGGGAUGCUCAAGAUGUACAGAGCGGAAGUGUUAGAGAAGGUGCCUAUAAUGCAGCACUUUCUGUUCGGGUCCCUUAUUCCUUGGCCGGGGAAGGCAGGUGAGAAGAGGGGAAUGGGGGGAGGGGGAGAAGCAGCAAGGGGAGUUGGGAGGCAAGCAACUGGAGCAGGAGCAGGUGUAACAGGAGCAGGUGUAACAGGAGCAGGUGUACCAGGAGCAGCUGUAACAGGGGCAGCUGUAACAGGGGCAGCUGUAACAGGGGCAGCUGGAAUGGAAGCUGUGGCAACAGGGGCUGCUGUAACAGGAGCUGGUGUAACAGGAGCAGAUGUGACAUCAAGAGUAUGAGGGGGAGGGGAUGAAAAUGCUGGGGACAAAGCUUCUAGGGGUAUUAUGGCUGAGGCAUUCAGAAGCAGCUACUCACAGCGAUGCAAUACCGAGAAGAACUUCCAGCACUGAUGUAGCAUAGCUCGUUCUCGAUCUCUAACUCUUUACUUGUCUUUCCCAUUGUACCUCCAAGGAAGUCUGAACCACGUCUUACACCACUUGUAUUGGAUAUGCUUAC